CACUCUGUUCUCUGCUUACUGAAGUCCGGAGCAAUAUAAUACGAAGUAAACUGUAGAAAUGUCAUUUGGCCACCACAACCACCACCACCACCACGGCAGGGAGGAGGAGCUCCCUCCUCCGCCGCGGGAUGAUCGCGAGAGCUUCGAGUACGGGGGCGACGGGUUUGAUUCGGAACGACCGAUCACCGUGCACCACGUCUCCCACUACGAGAGCCAUACUACUCAUCCUCCUCACUAUGACGAUGGCAGCUGUGAGAGGAGGACUUACAAGAUUUAUUGUCGGGCGGAUACCAAUCACUGCCUCUCUAUUCGCCAUGGACAUGUCAUUCUUGCCCUUUCUGAUCCAUCCGAUCCAAACCAGCACUGGUACAAGGAAGAGAAAUACAGCACAAAAGUGAAGGAUGAUGAGGGGUUACCAAGCUUUGCUUUGGUGAACAAAGGUACAGGGCAGGCCAUCAAACAUGCUGCUGCUGCCACUAAACCGGUUCAAUUGACGAAGUACAUUCCCGAUCAUCUUGACGAAUCCAUCUUAUGGACGGAAAGCAAGGAUACCGGUGAAGACUAUAGAGCAAUCAGGAUGGUUAACAACAUCAGCCUCAACUUCGACGCUUUCCACGGGGACGAAGAUCACGGCGGCGUCCGUGACGGGACUACCAUUGUCAACUGGGAGUGGACUAAAGGUGACAAUCAGCGGUGGAAGAUCGUCCCCUAUUAUUGAUAUGUACCUUUCUUGCAUCGAAAAUAAAGAGGGAUCGGAGGCCAGUGCUUGCGGGUUGUUUCUCAAUAUGUGUGUGAAUAAUCACUGUCUAUGGCUAAGCUUAUUAAGCUAUAUACACUUUGGUUUAUACUACGAGCUGAGUAUGUAAUAAUGAUGAUGAUAAUAAUUACUAUUAAUAAAAUGAAAGAUUAUGUUAUCCUUCACGACUUGUGCCUUAUUGUACUCUAUCUAUAGAAUAUGUAUAAAGAAGGUGGCAUGCUUGUCUAAAUCUAUCAUGUUUUGAGGAUAAAUAAAGGACAUGCUGAUUAUCUUGGGCCUCUUGACUACCAUUUGUGCAUGAGAUAUUACCCGAAAUAGUGUUUUUAUUUUGGAAAUAAAAACACUAUUUUAGUCUUAUUUCAGGAAGUUUCCCUUUAUGCAUACAUGCAUCAGUAAUUUGCGUCCAUGUAAUAAUAAGAUGCCAUUUUUUGAAAGGAGAAAAGCUCAACUAUUAUGUAGUAUUAAAAAAUGUUCCAAAAUAUUAAAAAUAG